AUGACACUUUCGUGGAGUAACAUUGAAGGAAUGGCGGAUGACACACCGAUCGUUGCUCUACUGCCCGGUCUAGCUGGUUGUGGUUGCUGCCACUACAUUGCCAGCAUUGUUAAGGAGAUCAAUCGAUACAAAUACAGUCUCCUUAUCUUCAACUACCUGGCAGACGAACCUCAAGAUCGUAACAAGCCCUGUCCUCUAACUGCUGCGAUGUGCGUUUGCAUGCCAUGGGAUUUGCUGCAGACGUCUGACAAGUUGGAAAAGUCGUUGGACUGGUUCCUUUUCAACAAGCCUCUCAUUCGUGGCCUACGUCGGUUGGUCAUGCGAAAUGCCGACGUGCUGUCGACGAAGUACGAUGUUCCACGCAUUCUGAAGGUACGUCGUUGA